CGUCCGCGACACCGUGCAGGAAGGUACCGUUCUCUCUGCGUUCACGGGGCUCGUCUCGACGCAGCGAGUGCCUCUUAAACCAUUGCUCGAGUCGCUCCUCGACGCGAGUAACGCGUGUCGGCCUACGAUCGUAUCGAGGCGAGAAGUCGACGAAGAAGUUUUCUCAGUGUUCUAUCGUCUUCCUGGAUUUACACAGAAACCGAUAUAUCGGUUCGGAUCUCGCGAUCGAACAAGUGAGAGAGCGUCGCUCCGUUUCACUGGUUAUGCGACCCGUGCGGAUCGUAAGUGCGUGAGAAAGCAUACGGGGGUGUGUUCCUGGUGUAAAAGGGCACCGCUCCGUUUCGCUAGAUUUCUGGUGCUGGUCCAUCCGUGAGAUUUCACGGUGCGAUCUCUGACGACUAGAGUUUCUUGUUCCUUGUUCCUGGUAGCUGCCAGGAUUGUCACAGAGGAGACACUGGUGCUUUUAUCGUUCAGUGAGAGUUUGCGUUUACAGUGAGAAAUCUUCGAUAGUUACUUAGCCGAAGGUUUUCAUUCAUCUGAAGCAACGUCGAUCCGAGAGAAAAGGGUCGCUGGUGAGAUGCUUGGCAGGUUCACGGUUGUACGGUGAUUCGCGUGAUCCCGUCGCUGAGCGUCGGAUACCCUCACUGUCCGCGAACGACAGCUUUCCAUCUAUCGAACGGUGGAUUUAUCGUAAAAUCAUCCCUCCGAUGCGCCGCAUGUUCGACGAAGCUAUUAGACAGAAUCCUCUAUCGACAGUUCGUCGUCGUUUCUAUCGGAUUCCGGCAAAGUUAGACCAAUGAGAGGGCCAGUAAGGUGCGCUCCAGGUGAGAGAAACACGGGGUGGACCCAUGGAACGCGAACCACGGUGGGCACCGUUGGAAACAGAACACCGGAGAAAUUUCGCCGAUUCUAACGACCAAUCGCGCAUCACCGACGAUUUCAUCAAAGAAUUUCGCCACUCGUCGAGUCAACAACGUUCGACGACUCUCUCGAUCUGUUAGACGCUCCGGUAGAACGCACCGAACCAGAGGAGCGUGCAAAAAACGUGGGAAGAUUUGUCGGUCGUUGAAAGUUGAACGAAAGCUGAGAGUCGCGAGAGGAAUGUAUCGAGGAUAAAGAGGGACGAACGAGGAUACGCGAGUCCCAGAAUUUCGAUCUUCGACGUGAGAAAAAUAGGAAAGAAAAGAGAUAGGACAGGAAGAAGAAGAAGAAGAAGAAAAGAAAACGAGAACCGAUUCUAACGAAAAUAGUGAAGUGUGGAUGUGGUGUCCGUGCAACAGUGGUGGAAGGUGGUUGUGGACGACAACAAGAAAAGUGCAGGUCGUUGUUUGUUAUUCUUGUUUUUGUCGUGGUUGUUUGUUGAUUGUUGUAUUCUUGGUGAGCAGUGGUGACGCGGUGCGCGCUGCUCGUUCGUCCACGUUGUUAACGAUGGUUUCCACGUCCUUUGUAACUUUGGUGUUCUUCGUCUGCCUGCAAACGAUUCUACUCUCCACUGUGAGCAACUGCGCAAAGACGAUCAGCAUGUACUGGAACACCACCAAUUCCAUAUUUCGAAUAGACAACACAGACCACAUAAUAGACGUGAACAAGAACAACGCGGCGUUCGAGUACGAUCAAGUGAACAUAAUAUGUCCUGUGUACCAGCCAGGAACGUAUGACGAGGACGCGGAGAAGUAUAUUAUUUACAACGUGUCUAAAGAGGAAUACGAAACAUGUCGGAUAACGAAUCCAAAUCCACGGGUGAUAGCAGUUUGCAACAACCCGUAUAAGACCAUGUACUUCACGAUCACCUUCAGGCCGUUCACACCGCAACCUGAAGGCCUAGAGUUCCUGCCAGGCCACGAUUACUAUUUCAUCAGCACUUCGUCCAAGGACGACCUUCAUAAACGCAUCGGUGGACGAUGCACCAGUAACAACAUGAAGGUGGUCUUCAAGGUGUGCUGCCGCAACGAGGCUGACACCUCGUCGUCUUCGGCUACAUCGCGCAACAAUUCCGUAGCUGUAACCAGCAGCACCGUGCCAAGCAGCAGCUCGACCAGCACCGCAGUUUUGGGUGGAGGAGCCGUCGGAAUACCACCCCCGCCACCACCGAGCGUCGUCAAGAACGGCGGCCCAGAUCGAUUCUACCCAGGGGGCAGCAUUCAUCAUCAUCACGAUCAUCAUCAACCGGCCACGGCGGCGCCGACCCUGCCCCACGUACCCCCUCCGGCCAUCUACCCUGUGCAUCCGCAUCAGCCUCCGAUUCACAAUGGACCGCCGUCCUCCUCGCCGCCCAAGACCUCGAUCGGCCAGAAGAAGAAGAACAAGGAAUAUUCGGACCAUCCGAACGAAGUUGUGAAGAACGAAGAAUUGACCUACAACGGGGCGAGUUCCAGCCGUGUUCAAGAUCGGUACUACCAGCUGGUGAUGGUGUUGACGGGAAGCUUGUUUAUCAGCGCGAUCAUGCCGCAAUUAUUACGGUGAAGCGACAACACUACCGACGAGAACGUAUAUCCCAUACGUCGAAACCCCUUUUUCUGUGAUUAUCCUACGUUUAAUUAAUUUCUUGAGGCACGCGUGCGCGCGCGCGCGCUCGCGUGGCCGCCCCUCAAUCGUGAAAAAUAAAUGAAAAAUAAAACGCGCACGAUUUAUGGUCGGACUGCCUCGAGAGAGAAAGAGAACGAGAAAAUUUAAUCGGGAGGGAACGAAGACAAAAACGAACAACAAUGGUUUAGAGAAAAAAGAAAAAUUAAAUGAAAAUAAAAGAGGAUGCGAGUUAUAAGAAGAACGAAGAGUCGGCAGAAAUAAUAAAAAAGAAAAUAAACGUAAAUGUCAAGAGAAGAGACACGCACGACACACGAGCAGCAACGCCAUAUUGAAACUAUUCGAAAACGAAGAACGAAGACGUAGAUAGUAAGAUUACAAAGACGAAGAAAGACGAAACGAGGAGAAACGCUACUAUUAGACACUAUUAUAGUAUGCCCACUAUUAUCACUACUAUAAAUGGUAGUCGUAUUGGUUGUCCUUCUUAUCAUUACGCUAAUUCUAGGUAUUUAUUGGAAAUACGAGGAAAGAGAACGAAGUCGUGGACAGCGUGCUAAAUAUCCUCGAGCGUGGCAUACGCCGCAUAGUGAAUAAAUACGUCCGUCAAAGAGAAGCGCGAAAGUUGUUUCGUUUAAAUAUCAUAACCUCGCGCGUGAGGAUUUCGAAUAAUAAUGAUAUCGUACGACUGACAUCGACGUUGGUUGACGAACGGUCCUCUGUCAUCUAUGCCUCGAUUGCUUGAGAAUUAGUAUCGUACUUGAAAAGUCAAACGAUUAAGUUAACUUAGAAACUUAUAUGUAUAUAGAGAACCAAUUACUUACUAGGUUAGUAUGAUUUAAAACUUGCCAUCUUAGUAGAUGUAUCACUUAGCACUCGUUUUUCCGUUAAUAUUUUCAGUAUCACGCCCGCGCAAAUGUAGAUACGUCAUUUGUUUAACUAAAGAUUUCAGAUCAAUCACGUGACUUAUUGCGAUAAUCGAAUCAAACGUUAAUCCGCGAUUAGUCGCGAUGGUCGCGCCAAUAUUCGGAUCGAAAUCUAUCGAAGGAAACAGUCAUGGCGGAGGGUCGUUCGGUUUGCGCGAGCACAGUCGCGAGCAGGAUAAUUAGCACGCGUGUAAAUAAAUUCCUAAUGAAUAUGUACAAGUGGCUCUUGCCUCGUCUUCGGGGCAGAGGAAUUUAAGAGAGUGCCGUAUACUAGGUAAAAUCUUAUAUAUGACACACGGAAGAGUGCGAUACAGCGUGAGUGAACAUUUCCGAGUGUGACAGAGUAUGACGUGUGUGGGUGUAUUGCGAGGCGUAUGUGAACAUUCGUGAACACAAAGAUCGCCCAUUUGGUUAGGACACAAAACUGUGUAAGGUGCGAUAAACUUUUGUAAGUUCCGCCCGCGAUUCUCGCAAUCGUGACACUUUCGCGAACACGUGAAGUAUUGUCGGCGAAGAAAUUCGAAAAUUCCUCUCUUCGACCGAGUUCGUCGAAGGGAAAUGGCGAACGAACGAACGAACGAACGAAAGUAUGGUGUGUAAUGCGUGAGAGAGACUGAUCGCGGAGCGAACGAAAUAACAAUUUUUGUAUCAUAGUUGUACCAUACCGAACUUUAUCUAUAGAUCUGUAUUAUAUUUAUUAUCCGCUAUCAUUACGCUACGAAUAAUCACACUCGAUAUUCUAUAUUUACUAGUAAAAAAUAUCAAAUUUAAUAGCGAAUAAAUUGCGUAUUCGGCGGGGUAAUGAUAAAAGAAACGACAUGACGCGAGCAAAACGAUGAAUUCUCGACCCCUGUCAUCAUCGGAUCUGCCAUUUGUUGUUUCCUUCUAUUUUCUUUAAUUUUUUUCUCGUGCUGUAUUGCUCGAAAACGUCGAACACGCGCGUUCGAGUGCUUAUUUCGACGUGUGCUCGCUAUUUCAAUAAAUUGGCCGUGCGAUGGUCGGUUUCAUUUCGUCGAUUUCGGUAUCGUCUUUUGUGCUAUGUACAUCGUUCUUUUCAGUUGUCCCUAUGAUUCUCCUGUUUUUUUUUUUUUUUUUUUUUAUAUACUCUAUUUAUUGUUCACCGCCACGCAGAUUUCGUUUACAUCCGCGUACUGACGAACGUACGCGCAUGCAAAUCGCAUUUAUUUGUAAAACGUACGGGAUUACAUGUAUACAUGCACAGUGGUCACGAUCGUUACACGCGAUCCCGCUCUGAUUUGUCGCGUGCGUCGAUAACGACGCCCUCUUCGCUAACGUUCAAGCUCUGUUCACGCUGCGAUCGCAGCCGAUUUUACGUUAUGAACGCCCAUUAACGUAUAACAUUGUGCACGUAUCCUGUACGUAUCCGUAAGCCCGUGUUUCGCUCGAUCACGAUCACGGAUCCAUAUUUCUAUCGAUCACACAAUUUUACCAUAAUCACACGACAAACGUCAACUAUGUAUCUCGAAUUUUAUCGCGCGGAAUACGUUGUACCGGCAAUUAAUUAUAUAGUGCGCGCGCAUCUUGCGCAUGUCGCGUAUCGUAUCGUAUAAACGUAACUUGUAAUCUUUAAAAUUGCGUUCCCGCCAAUACAUUCGAUGAUUGGCCGCACGGCUACGACGGCGCUAUUUUAUUGCUUGCGUACUUACACAACUCUUAUUUACGCGCAUCUCAUCUUCCAGAAUGCAAAAUUAUCGUUUUUGCGUCCGACGUCUAGUUUGGCGAUCACAAUAUACCCGACCGAUCACAAUAUACCAAACGUAUCUACCGAUUCUGUAUCGGCGAUACGAACAACACGGCGAAUAUAAUUACAUACAACCUGGUCUUAAAAAUGGAUCCGUGAGCACCAGUGUGAAUGGAGCUUCAAUAAGUGCACAUAGUUGUUACCGCGCGCGUAAAAAUGCACACACAGCGACCGAAGAGCGUUCGUGGCACGAGGAUGCGAAAGGAAGAAACUACAACGAGCAAAUGAUCGUUUCACGUUGGCCACGAGAAAAAGAGUUCGACCGAACGGCAACUAGAGUAACGAAUUAUUGUAAAUACGAAUAUGCGGAGAGAAUUACGUAUUGUAUAAGGCAGAGCGAGAGAAUGUAAGAAAGAUUAAUGAGAGCGCAAGGGAGAGAGAGAGAGAGAGAGAGAGAGAGAGAGAGAGAGAGAAAGAGACCCCAAUUCCGAAUCGUAGAUAAUAAAGAAAAGAUGUAUUCUGAUGGCUGCUCGAUUGACCGACUCGUUUUCAUCGUUCAUUGAUGGUUCAUCGUCCUUAAUUAUACGCGACAAUUAAAAUGGAAAUCAAUGACCACGAUCAGCCGGGAAUGUUGAGGGAAACGAUGGAAAUUAAAUGCGUGUAUAAUGUUAUCCAUUACAGUAUUGUAAGCCUAAGUAUUACAUGCCUCCGAUCCACGUCUGUUUGUCUGUCUGUCCGUUCGUCUGUCUACAGUUUGUACUUUUUACCCAUGUGUUAACCGCAAUAGCAAUUUCGUACACGUACGAGCGAUCGAUUACGAGAAAGCAGUUCGCGACGAUACCUACGAUUCCACGAUUCUUAGCAUGUAGAUUUCUCACAAAUGAUCAUAUUUUCGUUUCGUUAACUAUAGCUGCUACGAUGACAGUUUCUUUUAGUUUCUCUCUAGUCGUUUUCGUUCGCACACACAUGUAUACACGUGGAAUUGUUUGUGAGCCGCUGAUCAACCCGCAAAACGAAACCCAAAGACAAUCACCUGCACCAUUGUAAGGAAAAGCGUUCGAAGCGCUUCUGCGUAGAUCAGUCGUCAACUAUAGCGUCACGAUAUCAUUUAGGUAUAUACGAUUCGUUAACCCUCUCACACGAAGUAGAAGUAAUUUAACACACGAUUGUACAAAACGUUUCUCGUACAAGUUCGCUUUGCGGGUCUCAGAGGAUAUUACAUACAGUAACGUACAUUUGUAAAGGGACGCAAAUAGUAGAGUGCGUUUACGUUUCGAUCGGCAUGAUCGACGAUCCAUGUAACACGGUUGCACACACGUCUUGAAUCGUGGAUGUAUCGAUAGAACUGCUCCGGGCGGCGAAUUAUCGAUCGACUCGAAUUAAUCGAAUUAAUCAGAGCCAGCAUGAAAGCCCGUAAUCAAUUAAACAUAAAUGCAAUAGCAAUGCAGCAAAGUUACAUAGAUCCAAUGUGAAUGGUACUCAUUCUUACGGACGAUAGAUGAUACGGUAUAACAAUAAUAUAGACUCGAACUAUCGAUAGAAAAUAGACAAGGUCACUCACUGCAAUAUUUUUUUAUUUUUCUCUCCUUCAUUUGUCUUUCUUCUUUUCUUCUUUUUUUUUUUUUUUUCGUUUCGACCGAUCCGCUCCGAAAGCACCCUCCGGUCCAUCCGUAACACCAAUCCCGACCACCACCACCCCCACCACAACCACCACCACCACCACCACCACUACUACCGACCACAACGUGAAACGCUGCUCCUCGAAAGUUAUUUUUGUAAUCAUGAACAGGGACAAGCAUCGUACCAUUUAAAGGUAUUUAAAUCGUUAGUAGAAAGUAUACAUAGAUAAUCGAUAUAAUAGAAAGUUUAACGACACCGAUAUAACAGAGACACACAGGAAUAAUCAUAAGGUCGAUGAACCUGAAGAUUACGAUUAAUUAGAUCGCGCGUUAAGAUUAGUCUUCGCUCUUAAUCGCGUACACAGACCGAUAUACAGUUACGCAUAAGUACGUAGACGCGUUGCAGAUGGCACGUUUCGAGCAGAAACACACGAAGAACAAAACGAGGAACAGGUUUCACAGUUUUCUAAUCCAAAGACGUCCGAACCUCCCCUUCAUUGCGAUUUUUAUCGUUCAUUUUCGCUAUUUCAUUGUGUUAUCCUCUCGUGUGCGUGUUUUGGAACAAUGUCAAGAGAUUAGAGGUCUUCGCGGAUGGAGAUCACAGCAGGCGACUAUUCGUACGCGAAAAGGGCUUGUUCCUCUCUUCUCGAGACAGGGGGUAUAAUGGGGAUGAGAUAAAACGAGGGCAGUAACGAGAAAGAAAGAAGCAACAGGGAUGGGAAAGGGAAAAGUAUGAAGGGAUCGAUUAAUUAGAUUUACCGCGUCGAAUUGACAACGUCGCGGAUUUAUCGAGCGUGAAAAUGGGAUCGAGAUGAUUUCGUAGGUACGUCGUUGUAAAUAGAGAAAUGAAGAAAAACAAGAAAAAGAUUACGAUCAAUAACGAUAACACGAUGAAAUUUAUAUUAAAUACAUAGCAAGUAUGAGGAUAGGUUUCUAAUAACAAUUUAUUAUAAAAGUGAAUGUACGUUGAUGUCUAAGAUUUUUAACAAGAUGGAAAAAAAGAUAAGAAAAAACACAAAGUGGUUAUUAUUAAACUAUGAUUAUUAACUCAUAAUCGAGAAACACAAGUACUAAUUAAACAAAAGAGCGUUUGAAUACAGAACCACACUUUUUAGCCAGGUCAUGAAUUCUCUCACGUUGCAUAUAUUAAUUUUGUAACAGGUAACAUUACAUGACACAUACGAUCACGGUCACGGAAGCCAUACGGCAGGCGCCACGUUAUCACCGGAGCAACCGUUAGAUCAUUUCUUUUCUCUCUCCUGAACACGGUACACGUAUUUACAUAUAAAUUAAACAACAGUCGGGAUAUCAUGUUUAUAAAAUGGGAAAAAGACGUCGAAAGAUGAUAUCACACAGUUUAUUCGAUCGAUCGAUACGAUAUAUCGAGGAUAAGAAAAAAGAAAGAUAUGAAAACCAGCUUGGAGAAAGAAAGUAUCAACGGUUUGAAUAGUUCGAUCGGUUAGCGUUGUCUGACAAUCAAACCACCUAGUUUCCAAUUACGACGCAACAAUAUUUAUUCAGCCAUUAUCUCUCUUUUGCCUCACCGUCGCUCGAUCUAAAUUUGAACCGAGUAAACAGAUAAAAAGCAAAAGCUGAAAAAAAUUAUAAAAAUAGUAACGCGGUCCACGUGUGGCAUUCGUGAACGGGAUCGAUCAAUUAUAGAUUGCGUGUGCUCGCUAAGUAUGCACGUUCAGUACAGUACAGUCGUUCAUUACAAAGCAUUACAGAUACAAUACAAAGUAGCGUAGUGUUCAUAAUGGUAGUCCACUUGUAGCGAAAUAGUGUUUAAACAGUCCAAACAGACAACCAAACAAGCAAAAAAAAAAAAAAAGAAAGAACCGGAAAAACGACAUAAUCGUCGGAAAAAUUACAGGUAACCAUAAAAAGUACACAGUAAACGUGAAUCGAUCUUCAUGAAGUACGUGCAAGACACGCACACACAUAUACACACUACGACACGUGCACACGACACAUAUACAUGUAUAUUGGCACAUAUUGCGAUACAAACAGUUUCAAACAUUGUCGAGGGCGUCGCGAGAAAAGGUGCGGCGUUACUCUAGAGAUAUGAAGAAAAAAAAAAGAAAAAAAAAGUAUAUAUUUAAAUGUACACUCAUACACAGAUACAGAGACACGAUAUACACAUAUGCAAAAGCGACGCGACUUCGACGACCACGCGACGUAAAACGCAAAAGCGCGUGAAUUCACUCGCAGAAGCAGAGAAAGAAAGAAAGAAAGAAAGAAAGAAAGAAAGACGAAAGGUGGGAAAAAGGGUCGACGAUGCUCUAAACGUAAACUCGUCGGCGUCGCGCGAUUUAUAUAGCUAUAUUGUAUUAUGCAUGUCGAUAUACGGUCACAUAUAACGAUGGAAAAUGAAAGUAAACCAAACGAAACAAAAUAAAAAAAAAAGUGAAAAAGUAACUGGAAAAUGUUAAAAUGCCGGACAGGGAGACCGGGCGUCCCCCGAUAAAAUAAUAAUAAUACACGUACAUACUCACUCACAUAACACAUACAAAGUACGUCGACGCGUACGACGAAAUACGUCGGCGUCGAAACGUUUCAUUUUGAAAGUACCUUGCGCGAGUCGUCUCGAAUCGUUUAAGUACAAAUAAAAAAAAAAAAAAAAAAAAAAAAGAAAAAGAAAGAAAGAAAAGAAGAAGAUGAUGACGACGACGAUGAUGAUGAUGAUGAAGAAAAAGAAAUGUUCUUCUCGAUGGACGAGAUGCGUGCGAUCCACGUUCCACGCGAUUCAGAUACCAGGGUAUCGAGUUCUAGUUCGCGGAUUCGGUGAAGAAAUCAGGUUUCCUUUUUUGCGUUUGAGGCCAUCAGCGACGAGCACCAUUGCGUGGGUUGUAUAGGAACCAGAGGGAUUCACAGUGCUGAAUGGUAAAUUUGGGGAAAUCGCGUGUCACGCCUCUUUCGUUGAACCCUCGACAGGCAUUAAUGAGUUCCUGGAAUCAAAUUGGUUGUAAAAAGAAUUAUAUUUAAACGAUCGUUGCCUGCUCGAUUCGAAAGGUUGUAAGCGCAUCCGUGAAUCCCCUCGCGGUUCAUUUCCAAAUGUUUCUAUUUUUUAAACGAAUGAAAACGAUUUGCGUGUAAAACUGCAUUCGCGAUCAUUUCGAUGGAUAUUUAUUGAAAACGGUGAGAACACAAAUAAACGAUAUAUACGCUCUGUUGCACUGAUUUUUCCGCUUUUACCGAUUUUAGACGUAUACACAUCUUUUACCGUUGUUUCGAAACGCUGUAAACACGAGAUGCAAGAGGAAAUUGAUAGGUUGAAUUACGUUUUUAUCGAAGCUCAAACUUUUCAUGAAAUUUCGUAUUGUUUUAUAUAUAUAUAUAUUAUAUAUAUAUAUGAAAUAUAUAUAUAUAUAUACACACGUAUACGCUUUGAUCGAUUCGAAGGAUUUCAUAUGUUUUAAUCAAUGGUUGAACGCGUGAAAUUCAAACGCACAGACGUAAAGACGACGAUUACUUCUUGCGUCGCGUGAAACGAGCGAAAUGUAAUUUAAAACGUAAAACUGCCAUUUUUAAUUAACGUAAUCGAUAGCCUCGAAAGCGAUUGGUAAUUAUCGUAGCCGUAACUUAUUCGUUGUUCUACCCUGCAAAACGAAUGUUAAAAAAAGAGAGAUAGAAGCUAUAGAGUAUGGAGGAAUGUGAGUUGGCAGCGAAAACGGAUGUCCGGUUCGAUCGCAUUCUUAAAUUUCGCGAGUCUUUCGACGCUGAUCAUAUAUAAAAAUCGUUUCAAUUCGUUCCACGUUCCAUCGAAGUUGAAAUACCGUCUGUCAAAGAUGAACGCGCUACAUUCACAAGCAGUACAUCUUAAAAAGCACAUAAUAUCCACGAUGUCGUUCAAUGGAGUGUGUAUACAUGGAGAAUUGAAGAUUUUAAACAAAACUUUGCCAGAAAUUUCUUAUCGCUUUAUAUUUUAUAUAUGUGACAUUAAAGGACAUACAACACGUAGAAUACUAAAACAUAUUAUUUUGAAAUGUUAGAUACGGAAAAAAGAAAAGGCAACAUUACCUUAUCCACCACCAGUUUGAAAUGUUAGUAAUCUAAAAACAAGAUCCACACUGACUGACUGUUAACUCAGACUGAAUUCAUUGAUCCGUCGCUUCAUUCCCUCCUUCUUCCUCCAAGUCUUUCAUUUAAUUCUAAGAUAUUUUGUCUCUAUUCAAACAUUUCAAUCGUUCAAACUACUCAGUAACGUAUGAACCACAUCUUUGGAGUUGUAAAAACCUGUUAUAUUUUAUGUCUGAAUAUUUUAUAUUUGAUAAAAUAAUAAUUUCACCUGAAAAGUUAACUAUCGAUCCGGAUGUUAUGUGCUUUACAAGAUCAAAUGUACAUAGCGUAUACAUAAUAGAGAAAAUCGCGAUGGCGUGUAAUAUACGAAAUCUGACGAUUCGCAAUGCCGAAAAGAACGAUGCUUAUGUUUCGAGCCGCGUUGCUUGUUCACGGGCAUGCGACCAUGCCACUUCCUUUCGAUCGAUUCGAUCCGAUUAAUCAAGCCCCCAUUCGAUUCGCCUAAGGCUUUCAGCCGUGUAUGCUUCACAGACAACGAAUCUCUCGACUUACCAAGCGACUCGCGACUGACAAUAGUUUCUGCGAUCCCUCGAUGCAAUUGUUCUAAGUGCAAAACUGUCGUCACGUAGGACAGGACUUAUAAAUCGUUGAAAAAACAGAGUAUUUGGCAGAAAAAAAGAAAAGAAAGAAGAUGCGCUCGAACGAAUCGUUUCCCCUACUUGAAUCUGUAAGGUACGCUCGUCGCGUUGUUUACAGCUAUUUAUCGAUUCUAAAUCCGAAGCGAGAGUGUUACACAUGAAAACGAGAAAUAUUUUUGCGGUGCAAAAUUUUCGCAAAAUGAAAAGUCAGUUCCUCUGUGGCGUGUCGAGAUAUACGCGAGAUUUGGAGCCUAAAUCGUUGUACGAUUGUUUAUAUAGAACGAAUUUAUAUUAUAUAGAACGAUGCGAAAAAAUGUUAAGUGUGCUUGUAAGUGUGCUGUAUGAUGAUUUCCGGUGUUUACGAUAUUCGUUUGCGGUCACGCUGAAUAAGUCUUGUCUUACACGUUCGCACGCAUUCUACUUCUAACCACCAAAGAAAUACACUCGCACGUAUUUCUUCUCCAAGCGCUUCUCCAAGGCACUUCUAUAAUGGGAAAGAAUGCAACGAUAAACUGUGGUCUAUAUUUAUCACAAGUUUUAGUAUUAAGUUUCGAAAGUUAGCGUUAACAGGUGCCAUUUUUGUGCCAUCACUUUCCUUCUUUUCAGGCAGCUAAGUAAGACGAAUAGAAAAAUUAUUCACCGUUAAACUCCAUAACAAUUUGAGAUAACGAUUCCACUGGUAAAUUUCAUUGAUUCGCUGAAAAUGGAAACAAUCGGGUGAGCUCGCGGAAAGAAGAAAACGGAAGAAACGAGAAGGAAAAACGGAUAGAUCGAACGAAAGCGAUGCCUGAUUUGAAGCGCGCAUAACUUAAGGAUCGCGCAACUCGAGAAAAGAAACGCGAGACAAACGAGAGAAAAGGAAAGCAUUUUAGGCAACACGUGUCGGAGUACAUAGACUUCUCGCGAAAGUAGAGCCAAUGGAGAAGAAACUAAUCGGGCGGGAAGCAAUGCUGCUUAUUCGGUCAUCCGCGUAGAAGCAUACUUGCAGUUAUAAGGUUCUAAGUAAGAGUGAACAAAGAAAUUUAAAUAAUGCGAGACGAAACGAUGGAAGAAAACCAUACCGAAAGGCCUAGGUCGUCGCACUCGUUUGAAAAACAUUCCUGCAAGAAUGCAUACAAGAAGUAGCGUACAAUCGCUGUACACUCGUUUGUUGACGCGAAUAUAAGGGGAAAAAAGUCGAUUUGAUUUGUAUAUGUACACGGUGAGCCCGAGGUUCGUGCAAGGACAGGUGCAUUUACGUAUGAAUGAGGAAGAGAUCUGGCGAAAUCGAUGCUCGUUUCUUUCUGGUUCGUAGUCAGUAGACGCGAAUAAAUCAAUGGCGGUAAUCACUUCAUUCUUGUAAACGCUAAUGUCCUCUGCGGCGAUCAUUGUUAUUAUACGAACGAACUCAAGACGGCAUGGUAUACAAGACUAAGAACAAGACCUAAAAUGGGGACAUAAUAUUUUAUAACUCAACUUUUGUACAGAAUAAAUAAAUACUUGUACUGUGGA